AACAGCAAAGCAAAAGCGAAAACGAAAAACUUCAAAUGAAAUCAAAAGUGCAAAUGACAACAAAAGCCAAGCUGCGCGCUCAGGUUUGGCGAGAACCAAAGCCAGCUAAAGAGGCAGAACAAGAAGUACAAGAAGAAGAAUAAGCAGAAGACAAGGAGCGGAAUAACAAGAACAACUAUGUGAAGCACAAAAUGUAAAUCAUUUGCACAAAAGUAGCAGCAACAACAACAACAAACUGCGGACAAUAAUCAAUUGAAGUGUCUGUCUCUCCAUAUAUUGAAUACACUUUAAGUUUGGAAAGGCGUCACAAAAAGUCAUCCAUUUCGAUGCGGGCUUGAGCUCAUGGGAAUACUAUCAGACUUGGACAUGAAUCGAUCGCACCACGCUUCACUCCAUAACCUGCCAUGGCAUGUGACUGCGCUGUCCGGUCGCCCAUUUACGGAGCACACAAUGCCAAAAGCCCCAAAGAAAAAAUCCAAGAAAUUCUUUUGCUGGUUUUCGCUAUGUUUUAUUUAUUUAUGUAUUUUGGAUCGUUUGACUGCCGAAAUAAACACGAGAUCAAGGGUAACCAUGGCCGAAUCGCCAGCGUUGUCGUCACUUGUUGUGGAUUCUUCGGCGAUUUUGGUUUGGAUCUUGCUUGCCCGGUUGUGCGAGAAGCUGGAAAACAUUUUAUAGCACCACGCAGCCGUUGUUAUGCCCUUGUAACGGGUAUGCUAACUAAGUCACAAAAUGUGUAACUCAUAGGAGACGCAAGGAACAUAUAUAACUGAUCAGCUGUCGAGUCACGAUAUACUGAGCAAAUUUGGACUACUAUAUCAUAUAGAACUAUAGAAAGUGGCGGCCAAAGAUUGAGUUUUGGUA